AUGACCACGCCGCGUCUUGAACAUGACCACGCCCCGUCUUGUUGGACUAUUACUGUGACUGAACUUGACCACGCCCCGUCCUCUCGGACUAUUACUGUGACUGAACUUGACCACGCCCCGUCCUCUCGGACUAUUACUGUGACUGAACUUGACCACGCCCCGUCCUCUCGGGCUAUUACUGUGACUGAACUUGACCACGCCCCGUCCUCUCGGACUAUUACUGUGACUGAACUUGACCACGCCCCGUCCUCUCGUACUAUUACUGUGACUGAACAUGACCACGCCCCGUCCUCUCGGACUAUUACUGUGACUGAACUUGACCACGCCCCGUCCUCUCGUACUAUUACUGUGACUGAACAUGACCACGCCCUGUCCUCUCAGACUAUUACUGUGACUGAACUUGACCACGCCCCGUCCUCUCGGACUAUCACUGUGACUGAACCUGACCACGCCACUUCAUCUCGGACUAUUACUGUGACUGAACUUGACCACGCCCCGUCCUCUCGGACUAUUACUGUGACUGAACCUGACCACGCCACCUCCUCUCGGACUAUUACUGUGACUGAACUUGACCACGCCCCGUCCUCUCGGACUAUUACUGUGACUAAACUUGACCACGCCCCCUCUUCUCGGACUAUUACUGUGACUGAACUUGACCACGCCCCGUCCUCUCGGACUAUUACUGUGACUGAACUUGACCACGCCCCGUCCUCUCGGACUAUUACUGUGACUGAACCUGACCACGCCACCUCCUCUCGGACUAUUACUGUGACUGAACUUGACCACGCUCCGUCCUCUCGGACUAUUACUGUGACUAAACUUGACCACGCCCCCUCUUCUCGGACUAUUACUGUGACUGAACUUGACCACGCCCCGUCCUCUCGGACUAUUACUGUGACUGAACUUGACCACGCCCCGUCCUCUCGGACUAUGACUGUGACUGAACUUGACCACACCCCGUCUUGUUGGACUAUUACUGUGACUGAACAUGACCACGCCCCGUCCUCUCGGACUAUUACUGUGACUAAACUUGACCACGCUUCAUCCUCUCGGACUAUUACUGUGACUGAACUUGACCACGCCCCGUCCUCUCGGACUAUUACUGUGACUGAACUUGACCACGCCCCGUCCUCUCGUACUAUUACUGUGACUGAACUUGACCACGCCCCGUCCUCUCGGACUAUUACUGUGACUAAACUUGACCACGCUCCGUCCUCUCGGACUAUUACUGUGACUGAACUUGACCACGCCCCGUCCUCUCGGACUAUUACUGUAACUGAACAUGUCCACACUCGGUCAUGUUGGACUAUUAUUUAG